AUGGCCAGCACCGUGGAGAAAGUUGCUGACGCUGCUUCCAAUGCCGUCAACGACGUUACCAACGCUCUGAGCAAUACCUCUAUCACCGGCAAGGACGAGAACAAGGACGCCGUCCACGCCAGUGCCGCCGAGGGCCGCCGCCUGUACAUCGGCAACCUCGCCUAUGCGACAACUGAGGGGGAGUUGAAAGAAUUCUUCAACGGCUACCUUGUCGAGUCCGUCUCCAUUCCCAAGAACCCGCGAACUGACCGCCCCGUCGGCUACGCCUUCGUCGACCUCUCUACACCCACUGAGGCUGAGCGCGCCAUUGCUGAGCUCUCUGGCAAGGAGAUUCUCGAGCGUAAGGUCUCGGUUCAGCUUGCCCGAACUCCCACCGCCACCGGUGAGAAGGUCGAGGGAGCUGCCAACGGCGAGGGUGCCGAGGGCACGCGCCGCAAGGCCUCUGGCCGUGGUCGUGGCCGCGGUCGUGGCCGAGGCGGUCGCGCCGGCCGCGGUGGCCGAUCUGAUGGAGGAAGUGAAGACGCCCCUGCUCCGGAGGAGGCUGAUGCCGCUGUUGCCCCCGAGGCCGCGGCUACUGAAGAGGUUCAACCACUGAGCGACAUCACCAACAAGAUCAAUACUGACAACUCCAAGACUGCCGACAAGAGCAAGGCCCGCCCUGCCCAGAAGCGUGAGCGCGGACCGCCUGCUGAUGGCAUCCCCUCCAAGAACAAGGUCAUGGUUGCCAACCUGCCUUACGACCUGACCGAGGAGAAGCUCAAGGAGCUCUUCGCCGCUUACGAGCCUUCUUCGGCCAAGAUCGCCCUUCGACCCAUCCCUCGAUUCAUGAUCAAGAAGCUCCAGGCUCGUGGCGAGCCCCGCAAAGGACGCGGUUUCGGUUUCGUUACCCUGGCCUCGGAGGAGCUGCAGCAGAAGGCCGUUGAUGAGAUGAACGGCAAGGAGAUUGAGGGUCGUGAGAUCGCUGUCAAGGUCGCCAUUGACAGCCCCGACAAGACGGACGAGGAGGCCAACAUCCCCGCCGAGUCCGAGACCAAGGAGGAGGAGGCCGCCGCCCCGGCUGCCGCCACCGCCUAA